AUGGCCGACGCAGGAUUUUUCAAAGGCACUUCUGCAGACCAGGACCGUCGCUUCUCUGACAAAGAGUUGAAGUUGUUAAAGUCUAUGAAAUUUCCAUCAGAGUUUGAUAAAAAGGUGGACCUCAAAAAAGUAAAUCUCAACGUCAUACGCCCAUGGAUCGCCAAAAAAGUCACAGAACUCGUUGGCUUCGAAGAUGAAGUGGUCGUCGAGUAUGCCAUGGGUCUCCUCGAUGACCCCAAUCAUACCACUCCAGACCCAAAGAAAAUGCAGAUAAACCUGACAGGUUUCCUCACGGCAUCGACACCCUCAUUCAUGACUGCUCUCUGGUCUCUACUGCUGGAGGCUCAGGAGCAUCCCGCAGGCGUGCCACAGACGUUUGUGGAGGAGAAAAAAGAGGAAAUGCGCAAAGCCCGCGAGGGUGACGCCGCGGGCGCGGAAGGGGUAGGGGCAGAGGCAGAGGCGGAUUUGAAGGUGGUGGCCGAGGCAGAGACAACGGUUGGGGUGGACGUGGUGGCGGCCGUCCUGGUCGCAGGAUAUCUCGUAGUCCACCGCCCCAUCGCAGGCGCUCCCCAUCUCCGAACUCUCCAUUUGACGCAAGGAGUUCCCGAUCUCCGCCUCCUUCCCUCAGACGUUCGCGCUCUCCGAGGCGUUCCAGAUCUCGCAGUCCUGUACGUUCGCCAUCGGUUGAAUCUCGAUCUUUGUCGCCUCCGCCACCAAGGAGACGGAGACGGUCUCCCAGUUACUCGCGUUCGCCUCCACGAAGAUUCGGACGAGAAAGAAAUAGCAGAAGUCCCCCGCUUCAGCGUCUCACGGUCUGCGACGAGAUACGCUCGUCGCAGGAGUCCGAGUCCUCGUAGGCGGGUCAGCAUCUCUCGUUCGCCUGUAAGACGACGGGUUACUCGCGAUGAAGCCGGUGAUGGCGGGAAAGGGAAGCGUCCGGCGAGGCGUAGUCCUUCGUCCUCGCGUAUGGAUGUUGAUAGACUGAGAAUCACUGACGAGCCCCUUCCGCAAAAUGCCAGAGGUGAGCUGAAAAUCAAGGGUCAGGCUAGGCGAAAUAAGUGGGAUAAUGCAGACAGGGAUGACGGAGGUCUUGAGCAGCAUGAUCUAGAAAAGCGAGAGAAAGAACUGAAGGAGAGAGCGUUGAGAAAUAAGGUUGUCAGGACUCGUAAAGGGAGCAGCGGUGCUGGCGGUUCGGGAUAG